CGAAAUGAAAGGGCCUUUCCUGCGUGAUGUCUCCCAGCACCUGCGAUAAGAGAACCUAGCGUUCGCAAGGUGUUGUGGUUAAAUUUGUAAUCCUCGUGGAUAUUUGAGUCAUGUUGUCUCUAUUGAUUCGAGUAGAAAGCAGAUCUAGUUAACGAGCGGCCCGCGGUAGUCUCCACGGACAUAUCAGUUCUUCAGUUUUGGAUUUUAAUACGCUGCAUUCCUUCCUGUCGCAUCUCUACAUUCGUGCAAUGGCUGUUGUCAACUUGCUGCCGAUGGUGUAGUGUAAAACAUAUCGUAAACACAAGGUUAAAAUGUCGACGAAAACCUCUCCCACUUCGUCGAAAAAUAAAAUUAUUUAUCAAGUCGGAGCUCGGCUCGAGGCGAUGGAUUAUACCCUUAGUUGGUACUCUGCAAAGAUUUGUCGAGUGGAUGACAAGGAGAAGAAGGUGCUGAUUCAUUUUGAGGGUUGGAAUCAUCGUUAUGACGAGUGGAUCUCAUUUGAUAGUGAACGGUUGAGACCACAUGGACGGCAACACUUGUUCAGUGAGACCAAAGAUGAAAAGGAAGUUUGCGACUAUCAGGAUUGGAAGACAGGAGAUCGAGUGUUAGCAAAGUGGCAGGAUUGUAAAUUCUACCCUGCAAAAAUUACUAAAUGCCUCAGUGAUGGUGCAUACGAAGUUCAUUUUUAUGAUGGAUUCAAGAAGGUUGUUCACAGAGUGAAUAUCAAACCAGAUAAUCGAAAGUUAACUAUGAUGCCUGUUGACAAGCUUGAACAUGAGAAAGAGGUACAAGAAAGAAAAGAAAGGCGUCAGCAAAUGGCAUCAGCGAGAGCUGAGAGGGCUCGCAAAAGAAGUGCUGAGAUUAGUCCUACUCCAGUCAUACCCGUGAAAAGAAAAGAUAAUAGAGGAAAGAAGGGGAAAAUGCAAGAAAGGGAUGAUUUUGGAACUGCAAGCGAGUCAAGUGUGUCCAGCCCAGCUGAAAUGCCAGAAGUUGAUGAGCAAAUGGUAGAUUCCCAAAAAUUGGAUAGGAAACAAAAAGAAGCUGAUGUAGAAGCAUUUAACAAAAGUGAUGAAGGGCUGUCAGAUGGUGAAGGAAAUACUGAACAACAACUGACUGAGAAAGAUAAUUCACCAGAAAGUACAUUUACACAAAUAUUAGAUCCAAAAACACCAGUUGAGAAAAAAAUGGAACAGAAGAUGCCUGAAGAGAAAAUAACUGAACGUGAAACAUCAGUGGAGGUAACUUCAGAAAAGAAAAUCUCCUUGGAGAAAGUAUUUGCACAGAAAAUGCCUGAAGGACAAAGAACAGGAGGGAAACUAUCUGGGGAGGAAAAAACAAAGCUUAAACCACUUGUGGAAAUCAAAAGUGACAAUAGGGAGAAGCAAGAAGCCAAAAAUGAUGAUAGUGCAUUUCUCAAGGAGGAGAAAAAACCUUUUGCUCUUUUACCUGCAUCAUCAGCUUUGAAACAACAGCCACAGGAGGAACAAAGCAUGAAGACAUCUGUCACAGAAGAACUGACAUCAAAUUCAUCAUCCAGUAGUAAUUCUCAAAAAAGUGAUAGGGUAAGAGUGAAACUUAAAGAUCCAAGCAGCUUUGCUGAAAGGGAUGUGUUAGAUUUCAAAGCCGAAAGCAUAAAGAUGGAACAGUUGAAAGAUGCACCCAAAAAUGGGAAUGAAAGUACCAUUGAUUGUGCCUCUAUAGUCGAUGAUGAAGUUGUACAAAUAAAACUUGAGCCACCGAGUAGUUUUCUGCUGAAUGAAGAAAAUGAAAAUAGUAACGAUGGAAGUGUUUGUGACUCUAUUAGCUCAGAGGUACAAGAACAAACUAAUUCUUCAGCUCUACCAACUGUUGCUCCAAAUACAGAGGCAAAUACUUCAUUAGUGGCACCUAAGUCAUCUGAUCCUUCACUCAAAAUAAGAACUUCUAAAGGUCCCAAGAUUAAGAGGACACUGUCUAGGGCUGAGCGAUUGUCAAGAACUCGGAAAGCCAAGAGUGGCUUAUCACUGAAAAUGGGCUUAUCUUUAAAAGUUGGCACUUCAGCUAAACAACAAGGGACCCCUGGGGUUAAUUUGCCUUCAAAAGCAGAUACCCCAGGAAAUAGUUUACCAUCAAAAGGGCCUUCUCCAGCAAAAGCUAGUAUUAAGAGUGAGAAAACUGUGCAACGAAGAAGGAGCUUUAAGGGGGGUAGGCCAUCAUCAAUCAGUCCCAGAGGAUAUGGUUAUUCUAUGGCAUUCAUGGACAUUGAGAAACCGUCGCAUUCUGGCACGAAACCAGAGGAAGACUCUGAAGUAACAGAAAGUGGAACAGGUUUACUGAAAACUUCUACACAAAGCACAAGUUACACCACCACCAGUCCAACUAGCCCUACAGUUGCAGGCACACCUGCUGAAAAUCAGACUGCUCCUAAAAAACAGACAUACCAAGCAAAGAAGUUUCGGCUCGAUCAGAUCACUGGAAAACUUUCAGCUCAGCGUCAGAGUGAAGCUAAAGCUGCAGCACACUCGCCAUCUGCUUUUCAACUAACAAAGCAUCACUCUUCUCCACCCCCUCCCCCAACACUUAGCCCGUCACCACCUGCUAAUCCACCCUACCCAAGAGAGCCAUACCCCCCACCUGGUCCCCCACCCUUACUGUACUCACCUAUGCCAGGGUCAUGCUGUCCUACGCCGCACCAUCAGCACAUGUACGGACCACACCCUGGUCAUGGAAUGCACCUUCCAGCAGGUCAUAUGCAUCCACACCCAGAUUACCCCCCUCCGUCAUCAGGCUACAUGCUGUAUGCUCAUGGGAUGCAUUACCCUCCCCCUGGUCCUUGCAUUGGGCAGUGUUCUUGUUCAGCUGGUGUGAGGCAGCCUGUAUUCCAUGCCCUUCCUCCUGGGGCUCCCCCUCCUCCUCCUCCCACUCAUGAGAGUGCACUGGCACAACUGAUGCAGUGUGAGCAGAGGAUCCUUCGUGGUGGGCCUGGAAUGCCCCAUUACAGAGAAGCAGCCCCUCCAGGGCCAUGGGUGGGUCACAGACAUGGGCCCCCACCAUCCCAGUCCUUCAUUCCAGUGAGCCAUCAUCACGAGGACCUUUGGCAUGCUCAUGAAGAACGUGCACUCCAAGCUCCUCCUGCUUCUCAAGUGCCGCCUCCUCCUCCAGCCAGCAUCAGCCCAACUUCAGACAGCCCUAAACAUCCAAACAGACGCUCUCGUAAGAGUGAAAGACCACUCCCAACCAAAGCAUUGCCUGCAUCAUCAGUUACAGGUACGGAAGCGUCUUCGACACCAUCAACUUCAAAGGCAGAUUCCGAACAUGUUUCCAACGUUGAUAAAGGCAUUACGCCAAGAACUGAAGAGGAUUGUGUGGAUGUGACAUCCAGUUCUGCUGUUUCUGAUGCAACUGCAAAAGAUGUCGUCAAAGAUAAGACAGAAAAAGAUGAAGAGUCUCUCCCAAACCAAUUGUCAUCUGCUUCAGAUCAGAAAGCGGCACUUGCAGCGUUGUCUGCUAGUGUUAUUGGAGCUGGAGCUUCAAGUACAGCUGCGUACGUAGGAGCAGCAUCUAGGGCUCCACCUGGAGAGGGUACAGAAGGUCUUCCAGCGCUUCUUCCUGGCAGGAUACGCAAGGGCAAAGACCUAGCUCCCAAAGAACUGAUUAUCGAGAUUGAUCAUAACAAGUACAAGUGCCAGAUCCCUGGCUGUGACAAGUCGUUCCGUAAAGAGAGUGGACUGGAAUACCACAUGAAAUACUAUCAUGAUCAAAAGGACAAAACUGGAAUGAAAAGAAAGAAAUCUGUCUCUGUCAGGUCUGACUCUACUCCAGACACCUCUCCAGAGUUUGGCAGCCGUCACCGUAUACCCAAGCGGCGCAUACACAGGUCCUCAGCCCCAGCACAGCUCACCACGAGCAGCACUCAGCUAAGCAGCCCAUCUAGUGUCGCUGCCCCAGCGAGCAUUAAAUCUGAACCGGCGGCAACACUGGAGCCAGAGCUGCCCGACAUGUUUAUGUCAGGUAGUAUGGAUUCAGAACCCUCUAUCAAUCAGGACACUGAUUUGGAGAUUGAAGGUGGUGGCGCAGACAGUGAGAGUAUUGACCCGGGUAUGGUGGAGUGCAUGGAAGUGGAAGAAGAAGAGGACGUGAACGGUGAUGUAAUAAGGUGUCUGUGUAACGAGUCUGAAGAAGGUGGAUUCAUGAUACAGUGUGAACAGUGCUUAACAUGGCAGCACAGCGAGUGUGUAGGUCUAAGUGAGCAGACUGUGCCUCCAAAUUACAUCUGUUAUGUGUGCCUCAAGCCUAGAGGUUUAAGAAAAAGUGCCAAAUACAAGAAUGAUUUUGAUUGGUUCAGACGAGGUACACUAGCGUGCAUGCCUUUUACGUCAAUACCAGAGCCGGAGUAUACUGCAGAGUUGAACAUGGCGACACACGGACUGAUGAGCGACGUACAUGAUGUCAACCGAUCCCUAAGGAGUUUGAAACUCAAAUUUGAACUCCUCAGGAACCCAAGUCACCCGGAUCUAAAGUGCUGGCAGGGACCGCGAAAACGUGACGUACCAGAAGAAGUGAACAGAACAGGUGAUUUAGAGGUCGAGUCUGCAGCAGAUGAGCAUGAUUUAGUGAAGGAUACCACACCUACAGGAAACACUGGACAAGGGGAAAGUAACGGAACAGUUUGUAAGGAGAGCAAAGAUCACGCGGCCAUUAAUGGGCAUGUAGAGCCGGGGGAUCCAUCUCAGAAUGGGCUCACGAGGGUGAAGCAAGAAAGACCCUCUACACCACCCCCACCUGUGGAUGGCCCUGGUGACACCAAUAAUAACGUACAGGGCACAAAAGCGGCGGUUUUGGACCCUAGUUCAAAUGUGAUGGCAACAGCACCUGCUUCGUCAAGUAGAGCUCCUAGCUCUUUUAGUACGAGUAGUGAAGCUGAGUUACGUGUCGAUGCUGGCGAAGGGAGACUAGGUGUGGUGAAGAAAGAGGAAGAACCAGUGUCUCCGAUCCCUGCGUUAGUCCCUGUUGGUGAACAGACAGCUUACAUAAAGAGCGGACCGUCAUCUGACAAGGGAAAGCCCGAAGAACUGUCCAGCACUAAAUCAGAUAAUUCUCAGCCCUCUGUCAAAUCUGAGAGUGACAAAGAAGUUGCUAGGCAACCAGGGCAACCGAACGCCUCAGUAGGGUCUUCUGGAGCAAACUCUGACGCCAAGGUACCUAGUGUUGAGAGGACGCCUCAGUUGGGAUCUGAUUCACGGGUUAAACAAGAGAAUGACACCAUGAGUGCAGCGAGUGAUAAUACGGCGAGUGAUGGGAAGGAAGCGAAUCAGGAAUCGGCGCAAAGCAUGUCGGAUGACGAGAGCGUGGGAGCUAUUAAUAACUUGUUGGAUGACAUCACUCAGAUACAGGAUGACUUGGAAGGUCGGAUGGAUGACAUUGAGCAGCAGUUGACAGUCCUUGAAGAAGCUUAUGGCCCACCAUCCCAGUCGGCUAAGAAAACAGACUUCAGGAAACUUGUCAAGGAUCUUAGUCGUGUAAGGAGACUGCUGCAACAAGUUAGCUUAUGGUUUAUUUGCAGGAACCCAAGUCACCCGGAUCUAAAGUGCUGGCAGGGACCGCGAAAACGUGACGUACCAGAAGAAGUGAACAGAACAGGUGAUUUAGAGGUCGAGUCUGCAGCAGAUGAGCAUGAUUUAGUGAAGGAUACCACACCUACAGGAAACACUGGACAAGGGGAAAGUAACGGAACAGUUUGUAAGGAGAGCAAAGAUCACGCGGCCAUUAAUGGGCAUGUAGAGCCGGGGGAUCCAUCUCAGAAUGGGCUCACGAGGGUGAAGCAAGAAAGACCCUCUACACCACCCCCACCUGUGGAUGGCCCUGGUGACACCAAUAAUAACGUACAGGGCACAAAAGCGGCGGUUUUGGACCCUAGUUCAAAUGUGAUGGCAACAGCACCUGCUUCGUCAAGUAGAGCUCCUAGCUCUUUUAGUACGAGUAGUGAAGCUGAGUUACGUGUCGAUGCUGGCGAAGGGAGACUAGGUGUGGUGAAGAAAGAGGAAGAACCAGUGUCUCCGAUCCCUGCGUUAGUCCCUGUUGGUGAACAGACAGCUUACAUAAAGAGCGGACCGUCAUCUGACAAGGGAAAGCCCGAAGAACUGUCCAGCACUAAAUCAGAUAAUUCUCAGCCCUCUGUCAAAUCUGAGAGUGACAAAGAAGUUGCUAGGCAACCAGGGCAACCGAACGCCUCAGUAGGGUCUUCUGGAGCAAACUCUGACGCCAAGGUACCUAGUGUUGAGAGGACGCCUCAGUUGGGAUCUGAUUCACGGGUUAAACAAGAGAAUGACACCAUGAGUGCAGCGAGUGAUAAUACGGCGAGUGAUGGGAAGGAAGCGAAUCAGGAAUCGGCGCAAAGCAUGUCGGAUGACGAGAGCGUGGGAGCUAUUAAUAACUUGUUGGAUGACAUCACUCAGAUACAGGAUGACUUGGAAGGUCGGAUGGAUGACAUUGAGCAGCAGUUGACAGUCCUUGAAGAAGCUUAUGGCCCACCAUCCCAGUCGGCUAAGAAAACAGACUUCAGGAAACUUGUCAAGGAUCUUAGUCGUGUAAGGAGACUGCUGCAACAAGUUAGCUGAAGGACGUUGCACUGGAGCUAGCGCCCGUGGCUAUGUUCAACCCACUUGUUCAGGUCAUCGGAGAAAUGCGCUGGACGCAUCUCGCUUUAACAAAACUUCUUAGAACUGACAGAUUCAGCUGCUGUGAUUAAUAACGAGUACGAGGGCUGAGUUGUCAUUUUGAAGCAGAUUCUUAGAGCAUAAACUGAGUUUGUAAGGGACGUUAUCUGAAAGAAACCCUGGACUUAGUUCAUGGCUUCAGUGCACGAUUAUUUCAGUGAGGUGGAGUCACAAUUCAGGUCUGGAUCUGAAAUAACCUUUGGAGUUUUCGACCCCAAGAGUUUUCUGGGCCUGCAAUUGUCAUUUAAACUGUUGCUACGUAACCGUGACGUUGCUUCAUAACGACAAGCUAACGUGACGUCUAACGUGUAGUGCUCGUGGUAUCUUCGGAAAUCCUUCGGCAUGUUCGACGAGAAUGCCGUCAGCGAAACAUCUUCCGUCAACGAUAAAAAUAUUAAUAAUCAGAAAACAAAACCUGUUUGACAAUCAUGCUUUUUUAUGGCACUUGAUCGCCAAAUUCACCUCCGAGCUUAUUUAUGUGGUCUCCACUUUCUCUUUUUCUGAAACUAUCUUUUACCGGGGCAUCAUUUCUGUGGAGGCGAAAUAUAAUUUGUUGAAAAAAAUUGCCGUAAUAUUGUGUAUUUGAAGCAGAAAUGGGAGGCGUCCGUUUUGUAAGCCAUGCAAAUAAAUUUUGAGAAAAAAAAUUAAGUCAUUAUCUGUAAAUAGUAAGAAGCUGAUGAAAUAUAAAGAAUAGUUAAAUAA